CCUAGCUCCUCUGUCGCCCUGCUUCUUCUGUCUAUAAAUAUGCUCAACUCCAUCGCAUCUCAUCGCACGCCAUCAACCCAAACCACAAUUCCCAUCUGUCUGUUUGUCUCCCUCUGCGUUUCGUUUCCUUCCAUUCCACACAGUAGGUGCCUUGCCAAGGAAGAUCGAGAUGGCGGACUGCAACGCCAACUCAUCGGCGUCGGCGGCCAUGGGAGAAGAGGCUUUCGUUGAGAAGAAGUACGGAGGAAUGGCACCUAAGAAGCCUCUGAUCUCAAAGGAUGAGGAGCGCGCCUAUUUUGAUUCUGCGGACUGGGUCCUUGGCAAGCAAGCUGCAAACAGCAGCGGCGCAGGGGCUGCUAUCGAAUCCUUGAAGCCAAAGUUAAAGAGGACGCCCCAUCAGCAGCUUCCCCCUCGCAAGCCGACCUGCGCGACCAGCUGAACCUCGAUCCUUAGCUUGUGUGAUGAUGCACAGCACAUGCAUGCAGGGGGUGGUGAAGAGCAUGCAUGCAUCAUCAGAAGAGAGGUGGAUUAAUUAUUGAUUAGUUACUCCUACUUAGUUGACUGAAUUGAUUAGGGGGACGAAAGAAAACCUGCAUGCAUGCAUGCAUGCAUCUGGUGGCGUGUUGGCAGCACAGCACUUGCAUUGGUGUAUGUAUCGACGUUGAGCUCGUGUGGUAGACUACUAGACAUCUGGUA